CAAUACUCACAAGUUAUAUACAUAAGAUCAAGAUCAAUAUUAAAGAUAGUAGUAGUAAGUUGCAAAAUGAAGGUUCUCUACUUCCUAGUUAGUAUCUUGGCUUUGGCAUCUGUAGCCCUUGCUUAUGACCCCAGCCCUCUCCAAGACUUUUGUGUUGCAAUCAAUGACCCCAAAGAUGGAGUAUUUGUGAAUGGAAAAUUCUGUAAAGACCCUGCGCUGGUUAAAGCUGAAGAUUUUUUCAAGCAUAUCGAACAAGGGAAUACCUCAAAUGCCCUGGGCUCUCAAGUAACUCCAGUUGCUGUAGACCAACUAUUCGGGCUUAACACACUUGGAAUAUCUUUGGCUCGUGUUGAUUUUGCGCCUAAGGGUUUAAACCCACCCCACAUUCAUCCUCGAGGCACAGAGAUCCUUAUAGUCGUAGAAGGAACUCUUUAUGUUGGAUUUGUGACGUCUAAUCAAGACAAAAAUCGUCUUUUCACCAAAGUUCUCAACAAGGGUGAUGUAUUUGUGUUUCCAAUUGGUCUCAUUCAUUUUCAACUCAAUAUUGGAUAUGGCAACGCCGUUGCCAUUGCUGGACUCAGCAGUCAAAAUCCAGGAGUUAUCACUAUUGCAAAUGCUUUGUUUAAAUCUAAUCCAUCUAUUUCUGAUGAGGUUCUUACCAAAGCAUUUCAAGUGGACAAGAGCGUAAUUGACUAUCUUCAAAAGCAGUCUUGGUAUGACAACAACUAGUUUAUGAACAUCCUUCCUGAGUCAUUUUUUAUUCUUAUGGAUAAUUGACUUUAUAGUGCUUCUCAGUCUAUUGCAACCUGUCUCUUCUAAAUACUUUUUUUUUUAAAUACUUAUUGUAAUCAAUAAAAUGGUUGUAAAAUAUUAUAUUUAAUUACACAAUUGCUUUCGUUGAAA